AGGGGGAGGAAGGAAGAGAGGGUCUUAAAAAAAAAUCCCUAUCAAAAUAUUUCUUUCUUCCAAGUAUUGAAAAGGCAUAAUAUAAUCCUUUCUUCUUCCAAAUGAUCUCAUAGCUAUUUACUAAGGGGAAAUACCAAAUGUUUAUUUAUUUUUUUUAAAGAAGCUUCUUCAGUCCUGAUGAUUCAAGUCGAUAUCAUUUUCCUUCUGACUACAGAGGCUCUGAGAUAAAGCUACGCCCAAGUAACAUGCCUGUGUCAGAACAAUUCCUGUCCUGCAAGAGGUUCUGCGACCUUCUUUAUUCCCCUUUCACAGACGUCCUUGAGCCCUUGAGACGGAUGUGAACGAGUUUUUCAAUCCUCAUGCAAAACAACCAUCUAAACAUAACAGAUGACAUCAGCUUGGGCUUUUCAAUUCCUGGAUGGCAGCAGCGUGUUAAUCCAGCCUUCAUCCUGGAUUUCAUAAACUAAAACAAGACAGCCUGGCAGGAGGACAGCGCUGCUGCUGGGUUGAGGAAAUUGAUGACGGGAAAGCAUGUGGGCAAUCCAGUGUAUAAAGCUCAUAAACGUGUAGGCAGAGGCUCAGCUACCACUUUGGAAGCUGGACGGCUGCGUCCCACCAGCGAAGGCUAAGACGCAGGACGCUGAGCCUGAGGCUGCUGGGAGACAUGAAGAGCCUCUUGCUGCUGACAGCUCUCCUUGUCCCUGUGCACCUGGUGACGGCCUGGAGCACCAAGUAUGCGGUGGAUUGCCCUGAACGUUGUGACAGUAACAAUUGCAAAAGCAGCCUGCGCUGCAAGAGGACUGUGCUGGACGACUGUGGCUGCUGUCGCGUGUGUGCCGCUGGGCUGGGCGAAACUUGCUACCGCACAGUCUCGGGCAUGGAUGGCGUCAAGUGUGGCCCUGGGCUAAGGUGUCAGUUUUACAGUGAGGAGGAUGAUUUUGGUGACGAGUUUGGUAUCUGCAAAGAUUGCCCCUACGGCACCUUCGGGAUGGAAUGCAAAGAGACCUGCAGCUGUCCAUCGGGCAUAUGUGACAGGGAGACCGGCAAAUGCCUCAAAUUUCCCUCCUUCCAAUAUUCAGUAGCCAAGUCUUCCAACAGGAGAUUAGUUUCUCACACAGAGCAUGACGUGGCAUCUGGAGAUGGAAAUGCUGUGAGGGAAGAAAUUGUGAAAGAGAAUGUGGCCCGGUCUCCUGUAAUGAAAUGGUUAAACCCACGCUGAUACUGAUGGGAUUUCCAAGUGAAGGCUUUACUUUAAUGAUUGUUCAACACACAGGCAACAUUUAGGAACAGUCUAGAUUAUAGCAUAGGGACAUAUAAUUUUUGAAAACCAAUUGCAAUUCAGGGUGGGUCCAAAAAAAAAAAAAAAAAAAGGUAGGCUACUCACAAUCUAUAAAAUGCAUAUGACUGAAUACUUUUAGAUAAUUGUUAACUAUCUGAAUGCUGAACAUAUAGAUUUGUUAAGUGUGUGUAUAGUAAUAUUGAAGAGCUACAAAUGCCAUUUAGAUCAUGUGAACGUGGAGGCGGGUCAGUCCAAGAGAAAUCUAGCCAAAGCUGAAGCCCAUGGUGAGCCUGCCUGCGGGUUCUUUGACUGGGAUGCACAUUAAUGUUGGGACGCAGGAUGGAGGAAGAGUUAUGAGCAAGGAAAAGUGGGGGUGGGGGACGGAGUGUAAUAUUUAGCUCUUCCUUGUGGCAGUUUCAAUAGAAUUUUAGUGUGCUUUUUUACUUUGGGAAAAGUCAGAACAAAACAGCCAGAAACCCCCUGAAGGAAGUGGAGAAUGUUUGAAGCUUGUGGGAAUUUGAGUAACAGCCUUGAAGUGAGGCCGGUUUCAAAGGGCUGCUAAUACCGUCCCCAGGUUAGGUGUAUCUGAGGGAUGAUACUGUGGCAGAGGGUAAGCACACACUUCCAUACAUGGUUUUAAAGAAUGCAACCUCAGAGGUAGAGCUAGGAAGUGUUUUGCCCGCUUGUGAGGGUAAAUAUUUAUAUAUUUUUGUAAAAAAAUUUUUUUUUACUAUGAGUCAUCCCCUGUACCAUACCCAUAUUUAUCAUCCUCUUGUUUUUUUUUUUUUUUUUUGAGGAAAUGAACAUAUUAAGUCUGUUUAAAAUGGUUAGAUAAAGAUGCAACUCUAUAACAUUUUUCAACAUUAGAGACAUUGUAAAUUUAUUAUUAAUAAUUACAAUAAUGUUAACAGUAAUAAGCAUAAGAGAAACCUAGAAAAAUCCAGUCACUAUGGGUUUAUGGAUUGUCAAAAAUGAACAACAGAGAGAAUUUAUUUAAAAGCAGACGUAGUGGCUUAAAUGAGUUUAAAAUUUAAAGUGGAAAAUAGCUUCUUAAGAGGUUUGUAACCGAAGAGUCAAUUUUCAGCAGGAAGCAUGUCAACUUCAAGAUGUGGCUCAUUUUCAUGUUUCUUUUUCUUUCAAACAUGAAUAAGGAAUACAACUGGGAGGACCUCAGCACAAAGAAAAUUGUUGUAAUAAAUGACUUCAGGAAAUAUUUGCAAAAGUAUUUUAUUUGGAGGGGAGAACUUAUUUAAGAAUUAUUUCACUAUUUACCUAUAUUUUAUUCUAGAAGUUUGUCAACAGACUUGUGGACAUGGAUGUGGGAGGGUCUUUGAAUAUAAGCUGAAUAAGCUGUUUUGUUUUAAAAGGACAAGUUUAUUACCGUUCAAUAAAAAACCAAGACACAGCUGUUCUGAGUCUAUUUAUGAUUUCAAGUUAUUUUAAUGAUUCAUGCAAAUGAAUUUAAUGUGCCCUUUAUGCAUAUUAAAAGGCAGGUUCUUAAACUGAAUUUUCUGCUACAGAUAAGCCUCUUCCACCAAAAUAUAAGCUAGCACUCUUAUUUCUUUGCUUUACAUUUUUGGCCUACUUGUUCCUUCUAGCAUUUUUAA